AUGAGUCUGGGCAUCAUGGAGGAGGAAGAUCUGGCCGAAUACUUCCGGAUGCAAUAUGGAGAGCGACUUCUGCAACUGCUACAGAAGUUCCCCAACAUUGAGGAACAGUCAACCUCUCCGUCCAUUCAGCUACUGGAGAAGAAAAAAGAAGCUAAGAUCAUGCAUCAUGCUAUGGAACAGAAGAAGGAGACAUUUCAGCGCAAAAUGGAGACCCUGAACCUGCGUUGGGAAGAGCUGGGUGUCAAGGAGGCCCAGUUGAAGGCCCAUAUCCAGAAGUUUGAACAGUUCAUCCAGGAAAAUGACCAAAAACGGAUCCGUGCCCUGAAGAAAGCCAACAAAGAGCGCGAGCUCAAAAGGCAGCAUAUGCGUGAUCUGGCGAAGGCCAAGCAGGAGAUGGCAGCUCUGCGACAAGAGCACCAGAAGCUCAGCACCCGACUGCAGGAAUACUCCAUCUUCAAUAAGUACUUGGAGAAGGUGGUGGAAAACUCUGAGUUUGAAGAGAUUCAAGAGGUGAUUGCGCGUUACAAGACGCUGGUGAGCAUGCACCACGACCUCAUGCAGUCUGCACAGGAGGGCCAAGAGAACAUCGAAAGGGCCAAGGCGCGACUGGCACACUACAUGGAAGAAAAGGAUGAUGAGAUCCUACAGCACAACAAUGAGUUGGCACGCCUGCAGAUGCGCUUCGACCGUGCCCGCAGCGAUGUCAUCAUCUGGGAAUCCCGCUGGGCACACAUCCAGAAUACUGCAGCCAAGAAGACUCUACUUCUUGGCACCAUUAAAAUGGCAACACUAAACCUUUUCCAGAUUGUGAGCAAACAGCUGAAGGAGACCACCUCUGUGUCCUUGGAGGACACACACAAACAGCUGGACAUGAUACAGCAGUAUAUCCAAGACCUGUCCGAUAUCUGGACAGAGGUAAAGAAGAAAGAACAACUGCAAGUUCGGAUUUAA